AUGGGGCCUAGUCAACAGUUUUGCCGUCCACCACCACCUCAGGUUAGGCCGCCACAACGGUCCAUGCAGCGGCCGAACUUCCCGCAGCAGGCUCGGGUGCACGCCUUAGUGGCCGAGGGCCAAGAUGCAGUUAUCCCUACUCCAACAGCCUUCGAGGUGAUGGCUCACAUACAAGGUACUCCCAUAUUUUUAUUGGUGGACACCGGGUCCACAGCCUCUCUCAUAUCACAUACCACCGUCAAGCAUCUAGGACUACGCUCUACUCCAUUUGAUAGAGUAAAGAUCAUUACAGUUGCUGGAUCCUUCUCAGAGGCAACGAAGAUAUGUUGUGAUUGCCUCAUUGACUUGGGAUGCAAGGUGGCGCUUGUGGAUCUAAUAGUGACCAAAAUCUUCCAUUACGACGUCAUCCUGGGCAUGGAUUGGUUGACAGUGGUGAGGGCAGAAAUUGAUUGUGAAACAAUGACAGUGAAGAUAUACGAGGAAGGCAGUACUUCCCUCACAUUUCCAGUUCAGGUUAGCUACGAUCGUAGGAUUUUAUGUUUUGCUUCAUUAGAGGAGGGUUAUCAGGGGCCUUCGCUAACUUGCACUCCCCUAGUUCAAGACUUCGUCGAUGUAUUCAAAGCCAUACCUGGACUUCCUCCUCGCCGUGAGAUAGACUUCACAAUCGAUCUAACUCCGGAUGCUAAACUCAUCUCCUUGCCUACUUACCACAUGCCCCCAUGUGAGAUGGAAGAGCUAAGGUCUCAAAUUGACCAAUUGCUAUAG